CUCGUCCAAUACGACCAUCAUCGGGGGCAAUGAGCGACAUCGAAGACUCUGCUGACAUUCUUAACGACGCACUUCACUUUCUCGGAGGACAAAAAGUCAUCGACGAGGAGGUCAUCCGCUACGGCGAUCUUCAGUUGACUGCCGCCGCCAAGGUCACUCUCAUCCGCUUUUAAUUGGGAGCUCCGACAUGACCGAGAAACACUUCAAACAGGAAGGGAAGGCGAACACUCUUCUUGCGGACCAUCUCUUCUCUCCGGGUCUCUUCCUCGCCGAGAGAAUCGAAAGAGGACUUUUCAAUGCACCACGGAAGACAGUGAUCGAGCUCGGUGCAGGAUGUGCACUUCCCUCCUUGCUGCUGUCCUCCUUGCCGAAUCCACCCCGCAGAAUCGUCGCGACCGAUUAUCCCGAUCCCGGUAUAAUGCGGAAUCUGGGGCACAAUCUGGAGCGGAACAGACAUCUGGUCGCGUCGGGAUGCGAGGUGACAUGCUCGGGAUACGACUGGGGCAGUGAUGCCUCGACCCUCCUGUGAAUGGCUUCGAUGCUGCCCGCGGCAUUCCACGCACUGAAUCCGGACGGCAGAGAAAUCACGGACCAACAGGGCUACGAUGUGGUCAUACUCUCGGAUCUGCUCCAUUUCAACGCCUCGCAUGCUGUGCUCAUCUCGUCGACGCAAGUCUUGCUGGCACACAAUCCCGAUGCUCGGGUACAUGUCGCUGCGGGGAAAUACACGAAGCCGGAAGUUUGCGAUAACUUUUUGGCGCUCUCUGCUCGAGCCGGCUUCGCUUUUGAAGAAGUUUUACCGACCGAGGAGGAGAGCCAGUGGAAAGGAAAGCUUGUCGUGAGCUCGCUGGACGGGGAGGCUUUGGCACUUCGGAAAGCCAAUUGCAGGUAUUGGAUCGGGAGACGGAUUGAGACUCGUUGAAUUUGGAUAUCAGCUCCGUCGAUUCGGCGUUCGGCCACUCCGAUGUCCAAGGCUAGAGCAUCGCUUGCAAUAUUAUUCGCAUUUACCACUGAUAACCGUGUCGGAGGGGGCAGUGUGUCUGCAUCGUCGGAAGACCGGGCCGUUCUCCGCUUAGCGACGUCGACGACCUCAUCAUCAUGAUAUAUGGAAAGGUACAGAGGACAUGAGCAGUAACGAGGACUUGUCG